CCACCCGCCAGCGGCCAGGUGUUUCGCCCGGUUAUGUAUAUUUGCAAUGGAGUACUUCUGGUAACCGGUGUUGACGAUAGGUUUUAUGCAACCGGGCGAAUAUAAGGAUGAAAAAUCGGUAAUUUAGUUCGAAACUGCGUUGAACAUAACGAAUCAGGUUAUAACGAUAACGAAUAACGAAUCACGUAUCACAGACUAAAAAUAACCAGCAGGGCGUGACUCUAGUCUCUACUCUAGGGAUUCACAUCGGAUUCAGAGAUCGUCGUCUUGACAGUCGGGUAGCAACAAGCUAGUCAUAUGGCUCCCAAGUGUAGCAGCACUGCCAGAAUAGAUGGCAAGACUAUUGUGAUUACUGGUUCAAACACGGGCAUCGGAAAAGAAACUGGCAAAGAGUUAGCAAGAAGAGGUGCUAGAAUUAUAAUAGCCUGCCGGAAUGUUGAGAAAGGGGAAGAAGCAAAGAAAGAGAUCCAGCAAGAGACAAAUAACGAGAAUAUAGAAGUUAUGAAGUUGGAUCUGGCAUCACUUAAAUCUGUGAAAGAGUUUUCCACUCAACUUCUCGAGAAAGAGUCAAAGAUACACAUUUUAAUAAACAAUGCAGGCAUCAUGAUGGUAGACAAAGCUAAGACGGAAGACAACUUUGAGCUGCAGAUUGGAACAAAUCACCUGGGGCCCGUGCUACUUACCAUGCUACUGCUUGAUCGCAUGAAAGAGUCUGCGCCAGCCCGCAUCAUCAACGUGUCGUCCAAGUUCCACGCGUGGGGCAGCAUCAAGUGGGACGACUUCAACAGCGAAAAGUCAUACAGCAAGAAGCACGAGUACGCGCAGAGCAAGCUUGCCAACAUACUCUUCGCCCGUGAGCUGAGCAAGAGGAUCGAAGGCACGGGCGUGACUGUCAACAGCCUGCACCCGGGCGUCGUCGACACGGAGAUCGGUCGCAGUCUGCCACUCAUCAACAACAGCAUCGUACGCGCGCUCACCGCGCCGCUGCGCUGGGCGAUCAUGCUCACGCCCGAGCAAGGAGCGCAGACGAGCAUCUACUGCGCCGUCGCCGAGGAGCUGGAGGGAGUCACGGGAGAGUACUUCAGGUGAGCUUCCUCUCGCGCUACGCUGUACUGGUGUAGUGUCUUGCUAUGGUGUCUCGGUAAGGGGCCUUGGUACAGUGACUGAGUAAGACUGCGCCGUCGCCGAGGAGCUGGAGGGAGUCACGGGAGAGUACUUCAGGUGAGCUUCAGGGUUUCUUC